AUGAGGUACCGAGGGCAGUCGGAGAACAUUGUCUCCGCUGACAGCCACUCUGAUGACAAGAAUAUGGCCGACGAGAAGUAUGCCGCCGCCACCGUCGACGAAGAGCUCAACGGCUUUGAGCAAGCCAUCGAAUCGGAGCUCAAUGUCACGGAACAAGAUCUUAUCGAGGCCAAGGCUACGGCCGAGAGCAUGACCCUGGAGGGUGUAAAGGCUCUAGCCGAGAAUAUCCUCAAGAUCCACAAGCAUGAUCCCAACUUUCCCCAUACGAUUUUGGAAAAGAUUCAGGAGUUUUUGUCCACCCCUGACGUCUUUGAAAACCCCGAAAAACACAAUGAGCUUAUUUGGGAGAUGAAGCUGGAGGCUGCACUCGUCACCAACAACUCCCCGUACGCCGAAGUCCGUGGUGUGGUCGAUAACAUUGAUGAUGUCGAUACUCCUUGCUCGACUGUGCGUGCAUGGUCUAUUGGCAUCUUCUUCUCGGUCGCUCUGGCCGCAGUCAACCAGUUAUUCUCAGUCCGCAACCCACCCAUUAGUGUUACUUCGAACGUUGCCCAACUGCUUGCGUUCCCGAUGGGUAAGGCGUGGGAGAAGAUCGUCCCAGACUGGCGUUUCACUCUUUUUGGCGUUCAGCACAGUCUCAACCCUGGGCGCUUCAACAAGAAAGAGCACAUGCUUAUCGCCCUGAUGGCUACUGUGGCUCAGAGUCUGCCUUACACCCAGUACAUCAUCUGGACCCAAGUUCUGCCAUUCCAGUUCAACCAGCAGUAUGCCAGAAGCUUUGGUUAUCAGAUUCUUAUUGGUCUCUCGACAAACUUUAUCGGUUACGGUCUUGCUGGUCUGACCAGAAAGUUCCUGGUCUACCCAGCAUACUGUUUGUGGCCGGCUUCACUCGUCACAAUCGCGCUGAACUCGGCUCUCCACAAGGAAUACAACAUUCCCGUGCUGGGUCCGUUCAAGAAGAUCUAUCGCGCAUCGAGAUACCGAUUCUUCUUUUACGCAUUCACCGCCAUGUUUGUCUACUUUUGGUUCCCCAAUUUUAUCUUCCAGGUCUUGACCUAUUUCUCAUGGAUGUCCUGGAUCUCUCCCAACAACCACACCCUGGAUAUCCUGACUGGCUUCAACUCUGCUGGUUUGUUCAACCCAUGGCCGACUUGGGACUGGAACAUUGUCGCAUAUACUGGUACGGACCCUCUAAUGAUUCCUGCUUUCUCAACUUUCAACACGGUUGCUGGUGGAUUCAUCUUCGGCCUGAUCAUCAUCGCUGUCUACUUCACCAACACAUGGAACACUGGAUACAUUGGUAUUGUCGACAAUCACGUUUUCGAUCACUUUGGCGCAAGAUACAAUGUGUCUCGAGCUCUUGAUGCACAUGGAAUGUACGACCAUGAAAAGUACAUGGAUUACUCGGCCGCUUACCUUGGAGCUGCUAACACGAUUGUCUAUGGUGCCUUUUUCGGAGUGUACGCAUCUGCCAUUACCUAUGUGGCAAUAUUCCACCGUUACGAAAUUGCCAUGGGUUUCAAGAGUUUGUUCAAGGCAUUCUCAUUCAAGAAGAAGAAGAGAAACACAGAUGCAGAUGGAAUUGCCGAGAUUGAGGGAGAGUACAGCGAUAUUCACAUGAAGCUCAUGAGCAAGUAUCCCGAGGUUUCCGAAAUCUGGUACUUGGCUGUGCUGCUCAUUGCCGCAGCUUGCGGUUUUGCAGGUAUCCUUGCCUGGCCGACGUACACCACCGCCGCGACCGUUCCUUAUGGUGUCCUCCUCGCCUUGAUCUUUGUUAUCCCUGUCGGUGUCAUCAAGGCCAUGACUGGUAUCGAGGUCACACUGAACGUUUUGGCCGAGUUCAUCGGUGGCAUGUUUGCACAGGGCAACGCUUUGGCCAUGAACUACUUCAAGUCGUUUGGUUAUGUCACCUGCGCACACGCUGUAGGCUUCGCCAAUGACUUGAAGAUGGCUCACUACCUGAAGAUCCCACCAUGGCACACCUUUGCCGCCCAAAUGGUCGGCACGCUCGUCAGCACCUUUGUUGCCACCGCCGUGAUGCAAUAUCAGAUCAACAUUGAGAACAUUUGCACGACGGCAGCUCCCAUGAGAAUGACCUGUCCUGGACCUUCCACCUUCUUUACUGCGUCCGUCCUCUGGGGAACGAUUGGCCCCAUCAAGGUCUUUGGACCCCAAGGUCAAUAUGGUGCUCUCCUUCUGGGCUUCCCUCUCGGUGCUUUGGUGGUGCUCAUCUUCUGGGGUUUCACGAAGAAGUUCCCCAACAGCCGACUGCUGCGCCAGAUCCACCCCGUUGCCAUCUGGUACGGUGGUCUCAACUGGGCACCCUAUGGAUUCUCUUACAUCUGGCCUGCCGCUCCUAUCGCAUGGUUGUCUUGGAUCUAUGUCAAGCAGCGUUAUCUCGCUUUCUGGUCAAAGUACAACUUUGUCCUUUCGGCCGCCUUUUCGGCUGGUAUCGCAAUUUCAGGCAUUGUCAUGUUCUUCACUGUUGGUUGGUACGGCAUUACAAUCGACUGGUGGGGCAACACUCAGCCAUCUGUUGGCUGCGAGGGUGAAACUUGUACGCUGAAGACCUUGGCCGAUGGAGAGCGAUUCUACCCAUGGUGGAACAGCUGGGUCGGUGCUCCGUAA